AUGCGCAACAAAAGAAUAUUCUUUGUAGCCGUUGAAGCAGACGGUCGCCCGGCUCUAGUGACGUAUGUCACGGCCGGGUUCCCCACGGCUAAUGAGACGGUGGAUAUCAUGUUGGGUAUGGAGGCUGGGGGAGCUGAUAUCAUCGAACUUGGCCUCCCAUUCACAGACCCCAUUGCUGACGGUCCUACAAUCCAAAAGUCCAACCUACAGGCUUUAGAUAACGGUGUCACGGUCUCGUCUAUGCUGCAGAUGGUGAAAGACGCGCGGAGGAAAGGGCUUCAAACCCCGGUUCUAUUCAUGGGGUAUUUCAAUCCUAUCCUCAAAUACGGGGAGGCGAAGCUACUCAGUGAUUGUCGCGACGCCGGCGUCAGCGGGUUCAUUAUUGUGGAUUUGCCGCCUGAAGAGGCGGUUCGGUUCCGGAACAGUUGUGCGGGUUCUGGCUUGUCGUACGUCCCCUUGAUCGCACCGUCUACACCUGAGCCGAGAAUGAAGACGCUUUGUUCCAUCGCGGACUCGUUCAUCUACCUGGUUUCGCGAAUGGGCGUCACGGGUGUCACGGGAUCUCUGAACACGAGCUUGCCUGAGCUGAUGCAGAAGGUGAAAGAUCUGUCAGGAAAUGUUCCAAUCGCUGUCGGGUUCGGAAUCAGUACGCGCGAGCACUUUAAGAGCGUCACGUCCAUCGCGGACGGCGCUGUCAUCGGAAGCGAGAUCAUAACGCAACUGUCGAAUGCGCCUGCGGGACAAGGAGCGCAGCUCAUCCAGGAGUAUUGUUCUGGGAUCAUAGGCCGGCGUGUUUCGAGAUCGGGUGCAACUGCACAAAUCCCACAAUUCAAGAUCCCACUAGCCACUCAGGAAAGCGCAAAAGAAGACAAACCCCCAAUCACCGACACGGCAGGCCGUUUCGGCGAUUUCGGCGGCCAAUACAUUCCAGAGGCGUUGACAAAAUGCAUCAGCGAGCUGGAGGCCGGGUUCAACGAGGCCGUGAAAGAUCCGGCGUUCUGGGAAGAGUAUCGCUCGUUCUAUCCCUUCAUGGGCCGUCCCUCGAGCCUGCAUCUCGCGGACAGGUUGACCGAGUAUGCCGGGGGCGCGAACAUCUGGCUGAAGCGAGAAAAUCUGAAUCAUACAGGUUCACAUAAAAUUAACAAUGCGAUCGGCCAGAUCCUCGUGGCUCGUCGGCUGAGCAAGACGGAGAUCAUCGCGGAGACUGGCGCAGGACAACACGGUGUUGCGACGGCUACGGUCUGCGCGAAGCUAGACAUGAAAUGUACGAUUUACAUGGGCGCGGAAGACGUCCGAAGACAGACACUAAAUGUCUUUCGGAUUCGCUUGCUCGGCGGCGAGGUAAUCCCCAUGGAGGCAGGAUCGCGCAUUCUCCGCGACGCCUCGGUGAUCGGGAAGAAGACGAAAGAACAGUUAAGCCGGGAGAUUGGAAAGCUGCCCGAUGCGCUGGUCGCGUGUGUUGGUGGCGGGUCGAACGCCGCGGGCAUGUUCUAUCCUUUCUCAGACGACCCCUCGGUCAAGUUAUUUGGCGUUGAGGCGGGAGGGGAUGGCAAGGAUAAACACUCUGCGACCUUGAAUGGAGGCACAAUUGGUGUCUUGCAUGGGGUGAAAACGUAUGUUUUUCAGAAUGAACAUGGACAGAUCUCCGAGACGCAUUCGGUGUCGGCGGGAUUGGAUUAUCCUGGCGUUGGACCUGAAUUGGCGAGUUGGAAGCAUGCGAAUAGGACAACUUUCCUGGCUGCAACUGAUGCUAAUGCGUUUGAGGGCUUCCGACUAUUGUCGCAGCUGGAGGGUAUUAUCCCAGCGUUGGAGUCCUCGCAUGCUCUGGGCAAGGGAAAAGACGUCGUGCUGUGUUUGAGUGGACGAGGCGAUAAAGACGUGCAGACGGUGGCCGAGGAAUUGCCUCGGUUGGGUCCUUAG